AUGGCAAUGGUUUAUGUCUACAUUUUCAACGAUUUAAACAAAGAUACCCUCAGUUUACGUUGUAAAUCAAAGCAUGAUGAUCUUGGCGGGCAUGCAUUACCAGUCGAAGCCAACUUCCACUUCACUUUUAAGGUGAAUUUCUGGGGAACCACACUAUUUUGGUGCAAUUUCAACUGGGGUAAGAAUCAUGGUGGAAGCUACGACAUCUUUUGGUACGAGGAUGAUCUUCUUUAUAAGUGCAGCUAUAAAACAAAAAACUGCACUUGGCAUGCAAGAAAUGAUGGGAUUUACUCAAUGGGUAUUCCUGAUAACCGUUUCAUAAAUUUCUAUUACUGGAAAAGGAGAACAGUAUACUUUUUCUUUGAUGGGCUAUCUGUGAAUGAUGAUCACCAAGCCUCCUCUUGGCUCAUUUUGCAUCUGGAGUAG